AUGCCCGUCGCUAAUACUGGCUCUCAACAGGUUGUCACGCCGGCACAAGAAAAGGCCGCCGAGCUCGUCUGGAAGAAGCUCAAAGCCCUCCACGGCACUUUCUACCGGGCAGAUCUUGGUCUGGGUCAAGCCGUUCUCAGCAAUGGCAAGGUUCAAGUUAGAUCCAUCAGCGAUCUCACCUCAAAGUAUGUUCAGCUCGACCAGACAUGUCACAUACGCAUGUCGCUACCCGAAGCUCAGGCAGCUUUAGGGGAUGUCAGAAGAGCGUGGACCGACUUUGACAACGGAGUCGAUAGUCGCCACAAAAAGCUCAUCAACGAGAUCGCGACCUGUGCGAAGCUGGACCGCCAGACGAAAAAGGACUUGGAGCUCCAACUCCAAAUCUUGACGCAUGAAUUUAGGUCCAAUCUGGCACUUGCUGAAGCGGCCUUCCAGGAGGCGGGCCCAAACGCUCCUCAGAAUCUCAUCAAGCGCAUGUGGCUCACAAACGCCGAUGGAACUGCUGUGAAAGAUCUUGGUUCUCCCAUGGGCUACAAACCUAAUCCCGACUACAAGAGCUGGGGGCUGUGA